AUGUUUAGGGGUUUCUCAUCUCAGUGUCAGCUGCUCAUCUCUCAACAGACCUCCCUCAACACUGAUUUAUCUGGGAGAUUGGACUGCUUUGUCUCCAGCCUCACUUCUGAGAUGCGCCAGCACAAUGCCACCUUGCAAGAUCAUGGCAUUGAUUUUACAACUAUUAGAGAUACGGUUGCUUCUCUUGAUGUUCGCAUGACUGCUCUCUCAGAUUCUCAGUCUAGUAUCUCUAAAGCUGUAGCGGAUCUUAGUGCUCGAUCAGAAAGUCAGGUUGCCACAAAUCAGGCAAUUCUCCAGUCUCUAGCAGAUCUACACUCCAAGAAGACAGUUGAUCCAACUAUCAGUGAAAACGGGGACGACGACUCAGCUUCUACCUCUUCUUCCUCAUCUGAGUCAGACUGUGAUGCUCCUAGUGAGAGGGAGCUAUUUGAUCAUGAUGAUAGAGCUGCAGUACCUAUUGAGGGGGAGCAACCGUGCUCUAUGCCUUCAUUAUCUGUUGAUGUUGGUACUAUACCUUCUCAAGAUGAUAUUCCCACUGCUUCUGGGGACUUAGUCUCAACUCACAGAAAAGGAAAGGCACCUAUGACCUCAGAUGAAGAAGCUGCUGCAGCUAAAGCAGAUAAAAUUACUAAAUAUCAAUCUGAAGUCUCCUCAGCCGAUAGACUUGUGCUUAAAGCUUCAUGUCCUCAAGAAACUGAUCUUCAUCUCCUAGGUAUUUCUGCUGAGGAUGCAGCCAAAUCAAUUGCUCUUCAAAAGUAA